AUGACUACAGCCUUGGGUCGAGAUCGGUACUACGCAGAUAUGUGGGAAUCGGUGAUAGCUACGGGUAUGGAAGAAGGAUGGGGAGACGGAGUGUCCGAGCGCAAUGUGGGAAUCAAAGAAAUCGACAUCAUAGGAGCCCCCGAGAAUAGCAAAGAUACAAAAAAAAACGGCAAUGGAAGCGUCGAAAGAGACGACGAGGGUAAGAUGCUCGAGCACAGGUCUAUGACAAGCAAUGCAGUAAACGGACACACUACUCGAAUGGAGGUUCCGAUGAGGCGACUCAGGCGUCUGAGUCUGAGACUGUAG